GAAUUAUUAUAAAAAUAGAAAACAAAGGACGUGUUGCAUACUUUUCAAACUUCAAUUCUUGUGCUAAAUCUUUCACAAAAGUCCACAUUUUAGUCUCUAUAGUCAAGAAGAUAUGACCCCAGACAAUAAAGGAUGUUGGAUAUGAUUUUUGUAUGCGCCAUUUUUCUGUGGACUGGACACAGAAAUCCUAAAAAAAUGGACCUCCUUCACCUCAACGACUGUGAACAUCUUGGAGAAUCUCAAAACAGAAACAUGGCGGAAUUCCUGUGGACUUUUGCUGUACAGGAAGUUUUGAAGAAGACUGUGAGGCUGGCAGCAGAGCAAAUAGGCAUGGCAUGGGGUUUCAACAAGGAGCUCUCAAAGCUGAGGGACUCUUUAGUGAUGGUGGAAGCCAUUCUACGAGAUGUCGACAGAAUAAAAGCAGAACCAGAGCAUCAUGCCCUGAAGCUAUGGGUGGAGAAGCUUCAAGAUAUUGUUUUCGAAGCCGACGUUUUACUCGACGACAUCGCUUAUGAAGAUCUUCGGCGAAAGGUGGAAACUGGAAAAGUGCAGGUGAUGGUAAGUAACUGUUUCGCUUCAUCCUCCAAAAACCCUAUUAUUUUUCGUCUCAAGAUGGCAAGAAAAAUCAAGGUUAUUGCUAAAAUGUUAGACCGGCAUUAUUAUAGGGCCAGUGCUGUGGGACUUGUUGCUAGAACAUCUAAAGAAACUGAACCUGAUCUUAGCCAAAUUCAAGAGACUGACUCGUUUUUGGAUGAGAUUGGAGUUAUUGGGAGGGAAAGUGAAGUAUCUGAGAUAGUGAAUAAGUUGAUUGAACUUAGCAAUCAGGAAGCUUUAUCUAUUUUACCGAUUGUUGGUAUGCCUGGACUGGGGAAAACAUCUUUGGCCAAGGUAAUCUUCAACCAUGGAUUGAUAAAGGCAAAUUUUGAUGAAAUUAUAUGGGUGUGUGUGUCUGAACCUUUCGUUAUCAACAAAAUUUUAAGAUCAGUCUUGGAAACCCUUAAUCCCAAUUCUGGUGGCUUGGAGAGUAAGGAAGCCAUACUUCAAGAGCUCCAAAAAUUGUUGAACGCCAAAAAGUAUUUUCUCGUGUUUGAUGAUGUUUGGAACGAGAAUCCUGACCUAUGGAGUGAGCUAAGGGCUUGUUUGCUAAAGAUCACUCAAGAAUCAGGGAAUGUUCUUGUUGUGACGACAAGGAGUGAAGAAGUUGCAAAAAUAAUGGAGACACACCACAGACAUCAUUUGAGAAAGUUAUCGAACAACCAAUGUUGGUCUUUAUUUGAAAAAUGUGCAUUUGGAAAUGAAUUGCCAAUAAUUCCAAAAAUGGAUGUAGUUAAAGAAGAGCUUAUUAAAAAAUUUGGUGGCAUACCAUUAGUUGUAAAAGUGUUGGGAGGAAUUGUGAAACUAGAGAAGAAUCCUGAGGGAUUGCAGUCGACUUUGGAAAAUAUAAUGAGAAUUCCGUUACAAGAUAAAAGUCAUGUUUUAUCCACAAUAAAAUUAAGUGUGGAUCGCCUACCAUCACCUUCAUUGAAACAAUGUUUUGCCUAUUGUUCAAAAUUUCCACCAGACUUUCUAUUCGUAAAAGAAACACUUAUCCAAAUGUGGAUAGCACGAGGGUUUAUUCAACUUUCCAAUGGAAGCAAUUUAAUGAUGGAGGAUAUUGGAGAGAAGUACUUCAAUAUUUUGUUGUCUCGCUCCUUGUUUCAAGAUGUUGUCAAGGAUAAUAGAGGGAGAAUUAUCCAUUGUAAGAUGCACGAUCUUAUACAUGAUGUCGCAUGUGCUAUUUCAAAUGCUCAAUCAUUGCAAUUGGAUCUUUUAAUUGAUGGAAAACGUCAGAGGGACAAAGCUGUUCUUUCAAUCGGUCAUAGAAUAAGAACACUUUAUUGUAGUGAAAAUGGUGUUGGAAAGUUUCAUAGUCAUGUGUUUCACAAUAGGAUCACCAGCUUCAUCUACUUGCGUGUUUUAAUUGUUCAUUCAUGGUUUAUACGUAAACUAUCAGAUUCAAUCGUGAAAUUGAAGCAUUUGAGGUAUCUUGAUAUUUCACACUCUUUAAUAAGGGAGCUCCCAAAAUCUAUUGUUUUGCUUUAUAAUUUGCAGACAUUGAAGCUUGGAAGUGAUACUGUAGACCUUCCUAAAAAUUUAAGAAAAUUGGUGAAUUUAAGGCAUUUAGAAUUUCCCAUUAACCCUUCAAAUCAAACCAAGCAAAUGCCUCGACAUUUGAGUCGAUUGAUUCAACUUCAAACGCUUUCUAGUUUUGUAGUUGGGUUUGAUGAAGGAUGUAAGAUAGAGGAGCUUGGACCUUUGAAAAACCUUAGAGGUGAAUUAAGCCUCUUUUGUCUUGAACGAGUAAAAAGUAGAGAGGAGGCCAUGGCUGCAAAUUUGGCUGAGAAGGAAAAUAUUUCUGAUCUGUAUUUACAAUGGGGGUUGAGAUCAUGUGAAAGAGAAGACUGCCAUUACAAUGAUAUGAAUGUGUUGGAAGGGCUUCAACCACACAGAAAUCUUCAAGUCUUGAAAAUUCAGAACUUUGCAGGUGAACUUCUGCCCAAUUGUAUUUUCGUGGAAAAGCUUGUUGAGAUAUAUCUACACGAUUGCAAAAGAUGUGAAACAUUACCAAUGCUCGGGCAGUUAUCCAAGCUCGAGGUACUUCGCAUUCGUUGCCUACACAGCGUAAAAAGUAUUGGACAUGAAUUUUAUGGGAAUUACCGCCAUGAGAUGACUUUAUUCCCCAAACUGAAGACAUUUCAUAUUUUUCAAAUGAACAAUCUAGAGCAUUGGGAAGAAAUAGAAACUGUACCAAAUGGCACAAUUUUUCCUUAUCUCGAAAGCUUGAAGAUUGUCUGUUGUUUGAAAUUAAGGAAUGUUCCAAACUUUUUUGCAUCUGACAGUGAAGAAGGUCCUGCAAAGCUUCUAUCUCUAACCAUUCAUGAAUGUGAAAAUUUGACAAAACUACCAAAUGGAAUAGAAUUCUGCAGCUCCCUCGAAAACAUAUGCAUAAGCAAGUGUCCUAAUCUUAAUUCCCCUCCAAAUUUACAAAAUAUGCCUAAAUUAUCUUCUUUGACCAUAAGAAAUUGCAUUCCAAAGUUGCUAGAAGGGCUGCCCUGCAUCUGUAACUUGAAAACAUUGAGAAUUCAGGGGAAAUGGCAAGAGUAUGAUUGGAGUCCGAUGAUACAGCUCAGUUCACUUGAAAAUCUUGAGUUGCUUGAAAUGGGAAGUUGCACGCAAAUUCCUCAGCAACUUCAGCACCUCACUACUUUAAGAUCAUUGUAUAUUGGACGUUGUGAUAGUAUUGAAACUUUGCCAGAAUGGUUGGGAAACCUUACAUCGUUGGAAAAGUUGAAUCUUUUCGGUUGCAGAAAUUUGAAAAACUUGCCUUCCAAAGAAGCCAUGUCAAAUCUCACCAGAUUAAAUCGUUUGGAAGUUCAUGGAUGUUCGCAGAUUGAACUUGGGGAAGGGGGCUUUGAGCGGGCCAAAGUUUCCCAUGUCCCUCACAUCGAUUUUGUACCUCACAUCAGUAUUUAACGUUUUUAAUUUUAUUCAUUUGUUGAAAACAGUGUAGAAAUAAGAUAUGAAUGAAUAAUUAUGGAUGACAUAAAUACUGUUUGAAAAAACAUGUAGUUUCUAUAUAUAUGAGUUGGGUUAAGAGGCUGAGGCUACAGCACUUGGGCAUUCCGGCACUACGAACCCAAAAGCGCUGCAAAAUUUUAACUGCAGAAAGAAGCUGCAGCGCAUCGGUGGUGUCCCUUGACUUCGAGGCGCUCCGAAUCCAAAUCUUCUCGAAAUUUUGAUUUCGAAACCUUUUUCGGUUUGGAAUUAAGGCUUUCUAUAAAUAGGUGGUUUCAGGCAAGAAUUUGAGUGACAAGCAUUCUAGGAGAAUUGAGUGGGGGUUGGCAGUGCGUGAGUAGAGACUAUAAAUUGUUGUAAACAAGUGAAUUGAGUAGCGUUUGACAGUGUGUGAGUAGAGGCUGUUGUAAACAGUCUUGUCUUGUGAGUUUAGUGACGGUUUUGAUUGUGUAAUCCUACAUAGUCCCAAUAUUGAAACAAAAUCCUAUGGGGUU